GAAAAGAUUGGUUAAACCUAGAAGAGACGUUUGUCAAAGAAAGACUUGAUUCUUUGUGGUAGAAAGCAUACGCGCCAACGUAAUAGAGAACAAUGGCGGUUAGCGGCCGUACUUUUACAGCGGAUGACAUAGUAGAAAAGUCUCCAAACGAUAAGCGUUUGUACAGAUGCAUGCAACUCCCUAAUGGCCUCUGUGCUCUUCUGGUUCACGAUCCUGAUAUCUACCCCGAUGGACUUCCAGAACAUUCUGGAAACUGCGAAAAAAACGAAGACGAUGAUAAUGAGGAAAGUGAAGAUAGCGAUUUUGAAGGAGGAGGAGGAGGAGGAGGAGAAGAAGAAGAAGAAGAAAGUGAUGACGCUGAUGAAGAAGCAGGUGAUGUUCGAGACAAAGGUCCUUCACUGAAAAAGGCAGCAGCUGCAAUGUGUGUAAGAACCGGCAGUUUCUCUGAUCCUUAUGAUGCUCAGGGUCUUGCACAUUUUCUUGGUUAGUGUUGUAUAUAUUAUGAUUAUUAAAAUACUUCGUCCUUCACAAAUCUUGUGGUGGUUGUGCAAACUAGCUGAUUGAUUAUAUUGUUCAUCAAGAGUACAAAUUGUUGACUCUUGCUUGAACAUCUACUCAAUUGCUUCAUUGAUUAGGUGUAGUUUUAAAUAGCACUUGACCGAGUUAAGGGUUGUGGAGACCUUAUUCCGUGUGUUCAAGUCCCCUUUAUUGGGAUAUCGAAGAUUCCAAAGGUGGAGACUAUCUAAAUUUUGUUGACAAAGAUUUUAAACAGACAAAAUAAGUAAUCGAAAACUGCUUGAUUAUUACUUUAGAAAAAAGUAGCAAGAGUUGCUUGGCCAGCUAUUAUAAAGUGAGAACAGUAGUGGGAGGAGAGAGAAGGACAAGUUAAGACUGUAGCUUAAGCCUAGUUUUACGACAAAGAGAAACAUAAUUGUUGUGGACUAUUUAGAUAUUAUGGGAAGAAAUACCUUCUCUGAUUCUGGGAUAAAUCCUUCUAAGUCGCAGAAUUGGGGAAAAGUCGUAUGAGAUUAUUGAAUCAAGAAUAAAAUUUGUCAACAUAAAUGAUAGCAUUUGACAAGUCAUAAUAUCUUGGGUGUUAGAAGAGCGGGCUUAUUAUCCACCUAAUUUCGGUCCGUGCGCCAUUCACUUUCGAGGAUUUCUAGGUUUUUAAAAGUUCACGUCUUCACAACUGCAUGAGGUUGUUUUGCAACUAUAUAGAAACUGGCUUAGAAGGAAGAUGGAAGUAUUUAUAGAAAGUGGAAGAAUAUUAGUCAACUUUAUUCUUAUGUCGUCUUUCAACUCUUCAACUAUUUUGAAAGAUAUCACAGUGGUAUUUGUGAAAGGAAGCACCAAAUCUAUUGUUAUUAUUCCGGAGAUGGGUGAAAGUUUGUGGGUGGCUGGAUUAUGCUAGUAAAAUCAUCAAAUUGGUGGAGAAAAGUUCAUGUCUACAGUCUAAUGAAGUGGAUUUAUGCCCAAGUUGCUAAGAUAACAAGGUGGUGAAAAGAACAUAUUAAAAUCUUAAAAAGAAGGAAAACAUAGUAAUAUAAUCUUAGUUGGCAAAAACACCCUCAGAUUAAGAAUAAAGUACUUGUAUCUUUGUUUUGUUGGUUGUUUGGCGAUUUCAGAUGUUGCUCCUAGUUGCUGGAAAUUUUAAAAAAUACGCAAAUAGAAAUUAAAAAAUUCCGACUUGAGUUAAAGAAUCAAAUAGUAUUUCUUUCAUGUUUGAAUUUCCUUGAAGAAGUGAAGUGAAAAGAUGGUUGCGGGGCUUUCAAAAAUCUUGAUCAACAUCAUGAAUGGUUCUCGCCGAUCCAUGUUUUUCAAUGUAGAAAUUGGCAUUUUGAUCAUGUAUUGAUUAAAUGGGUUGUUUUUCCAACUCAUUUUCCAUUGGAGAACAUUUUAAAGAGAUUGGUGACAUACUUAGUGACUUUCUAGAAAUGGAAGAUGACAUAGAUUUAGAGUUACAUGAGGUAGGCCGAAAUUCUUGUGCCACUUGCAUUUCAAAUUCUCGAUUGCUAUAGUGUUUUUUGAUGCGGAAUUUGGAUUUAGUGUUGCAACGUUGGUGGAAUCAAGAUAUUGGGUAAAAAAGCUGGUCGACAUGAAAUUUUUGAUUUAUCGGAGAAGUGCACUUGAAAAUUGAGGGUUGAUUCAUUUGACUUCUAACACUAAUUCAUCAUUGUAUUCUAUCAUGCUUACAUAAUGCCUGUCAAAUUUGUGGCCCAAUUCAAAUUUUAAGUAUGUUAGAAGAUAUGUUGCUCGCAUUCUCCAAAAACAUUGCCGCACCCGUGUUGGAUCCUCCAAAGUGCACUACUUUUGGUGUAUUCGACACACAUUCGUCAAUAAGCAACAUAGGUCAUAGAAGGCCAACGUGCGAAAGAACCUCUAAUUUAUACCUGGUAGGCCGCAACCUUUUUAUAAGAAGAAAAAUAGCAAAGACGGCCCAUCAGUUCCUACUAAA